AAUUAACACUGGUGUCAAAAAAAAAAUUGAAAUAUUUUGAUAUCAUUUGAAUAGUAAGUCAUAAAAAUCUGAUAUUGGCGAGAAGAUUUACCCUACCAUGACUAAAUAACAAAUAAAUACUAAUACACUUAAAGAAAAUGUUUGGUAUGCCAUAUAUACCAUAACUGUUCAUUACCUUUUUCAUACAAAUUUCUCUAAAUGCGAUGCAAUGGCAGCUAUAAAAAGAAAAGAAGAAGAAGAACAAUUCAAAACCAAAAGAGAAAGAGAAAAACUCUACUAAAAUAAGCUAAGAAAUGAGUGCCUCCACAAUCCAAAACCAAAAGCACUGUUUCUUGAUUCUAAUUCUACUGGUGCUAUUGAUGACCUCCGAAGGUAUUAGAACUGUUCAUAUAAAUAUCAUCAAUAAUUUUGGAGUAGACCUUACAGUGCACUGUAAGUCCAAAGAUGACGACCUGGGUGCCCAUCUACUGCACGAUCAAGAAGCCUAUCGGUUUGGGUUCAAGCCUAAUUACUGGGGAAAUACUCUGUUCUAUUGCAGCUUUGCAUGGACAGGAGAGGUCAAGUGGUUUGAUAUCUAUGUAGACGAGAGGGACUACGGUAGAUGCUUGGACUGUAAAUGGCGUGUAGAUGAGAAUGGUCCUUGCUUCUUGGAUAAUGAUACUGGUGAGGUUAAUAAAUGUUAUCAGUGGAACUAGUCUUUACUUGUAUAAUGUUAUUUUAAUAAAUAAUACAAACGGUUACUUCUAUUUUGGUUACUAA